AUAAAGAGGAAGCAAACAAAGAGAGCAAAAAUGGCCGGCAUCUUCUAAUAAUCAUCUGUACAUAUAUAUGAGUAUGAUGAGAAGGCAGAUGUAAUCUAUGAUGAUGAUGGUAACGGGGAGAAGGUGUGAAGACUGUGGGAAUCAAGCUAAGAAAGAGUGUGUGUAUAUGAGAUGCAGAACUUGCUGCAAAGCGAAAGCCUUUCAUUGCCAAACUCACAUCAAGAGCACUUGGGUUCCUGCCUAUAGAAGAUCCCACAAACACCAAUCGCAAACGCAAGCACAACCACAGCAGCAACCGCUCUCUAUUACAAACCCUAAACGUCUCAGAGAACAGCACCCAACUUCUUCCCCUUCAUCAUCAGGUGUAAGAAUCGGCACUAGUACGGGACAUUUUCCUGCGGAGUUGAGUUCUGUAGCGGAUUUCCGUUGCGUAAAAGUGCAUUCAAUCGAUGACGGAAAAGAACAAUACGCUUAUCAGACGACGGUGAACAUUGGAGGACACGUUUUCAGAGGCAUUCUUCACGAUCAAGGCCUCGAAAAAGUGGACUUAGAUCAUCACCCUGCUCAUCAUGAUCAAGCUUUACUUCUCCCGUCAUCUUCACGUCCCUUGAUGAUAACUAGUCAUUUUACCGAUUUCAUGUCCGGCACCCACACCAAAAGUCUUCAUUAAGAAUAAUUUCGUAAAAUCACUGUAAAUUGACUAAUUUUUAGA